GACAUUGUUGCUUAUAAAUAGGUGACACGGAUAAUAUCUCAAGAGGUCCAUGGGAACAUAAACUCAUUUCAAGUUUGUGGUCGUUUUUUGUUGGUCCAGACACACAAAGAGGAGAUGUGGUAUUAUGGCUCUCUUUUACCUGCUAGUCUUUGUCGUUUUUGUCAAGAUGACUGAACAUUCACUGACAUAUCAUGAACCCCCUAACUCUAGCUUUCACUGAAUAAGCAGGCAGAACCACAUUACAACUAUUUUUAACUCUCUGUGUCACUUAAUUGUGCUACAGGUGUUAUGUGACUCCUCCUUGGCACAGCAGACACUGUGAUCCAUAUCAAAUGAAAACUAACACUUCUUUCUUCAUGUAAGAAAACAGUCUGCACCAGUGGAUUCAGUCACAGGUUGUAUCAUCAGUUAGUCACUGGGAGCCAUGAUCUGUGGUUAUAAAAAGUUAGUGCCACACAAAGUCUGUCUUUCAAAACUCAUUCAGAGUGACCAUUGUUCCUCAAUGCACAUUCCACUUCCAUCAUUAUAUCUACAGAGUGAAGUGAUUGGCUUUAGAGGAGAAAAAUACUAAAACCUUGUACUAUAAUCUUUUUAAAUGAAGUAAAUAUAACAAAGUCACUAUUUAACAUAUUUUCUUCUUUUGUCACAUCUACAGGCUGCAUUCCGUGGUUACAAGUCUCGAAAAUCAUUACUUCCAUUUGAUACUGAGAAAUAUGACGUGUAUCGUAGCCCUAUCAUUGAGGCAUUGCUGUUGAGAACAGGGCACAGCUGGAAUGAAGCACAGCAAGCAGCCAUGUCCAUUCAGCAUGCAUAUCGUGCAUAUAAGUUCAGGCGAGCUUUUGCUGUAGAAGCAGAACCCGCACUCAAGCCUAUGGAUGUCAUUCAGUCAAUUAUUGACGCUACACAUCAUACUUUGUCACAGGCUUCAGUUGCUGCUAUUUCUAUACAGCGCAUUUAUCGAGGACAUGCUGCGAGAAAGUAUGUGAAACAACUGAAAACAGAUGUUGCCACAGAUAAUAUUUUAAACAAACACAAUAUAACAAGGGAGCAAGCCAAUGUAGCUUGUGUAUUAAUACAGAAAAUAUUCCGUGGUUAUUCUGCCCGAAAAGCAUACAAGGAGAUGCUUCAAGGGAAAGGAGAGUAAUAAAUUAAAGCCUCGAUUUAUUCACCAAGAAACAUAUCAUUUAUCAUGGAUAACGUGUGAAAGAAAUCAUAUAAUUUUAUAACAGGAAGAACACUGAAGUCAGUACUUACUGAGGUCAAAUUGAAAAGUGAUUCCUAGUGAGGCAUGUAUUUUGUGAUGGGAUAAAAUUUUAAAUCUCUUCUGAAUCACUGUUAACAAAUUUAUGGCCAACAAAAGAUACACUUGUGAAUAAAGGAUUUUGGCAUUAGA